AUGCCCACGAGAUGGCUAUCAAUUCGCAAAAAGAACCUUUCGCUUCACAAUAAUCCGAGCCAUCCGGAUGCAUCAGGGACUACCAAACCACAGGGUUUUGAUUUCGCUUUUAACGACCUGCCAAAGCAAAGUAUUCAACUCAACUCCAGACCGGUGGAGCUGCCGAGACCAAAGACCUCAGGAGGAGUGGGAAAGCGGAAGCUUCGUGUUGAAGUCCCUCAACGACGGCCAACAACUUCCGAGGCUCAAAAAACUUCGACUUCACAAGUAUCCAAUAGUACUGUGAAGAGCCAGGAAAGCUCGAUUGGACUUGCUUUUGGAAGUCCAGGUCACCCUCCCGUUGCAUUCCGAAGUCCGGAAGCGUCUCCCUCUGACGAUCAACCUUCAUCUCGUCACUAUCCACCAGGUGUGGAAAGGGCACUUCAAAUGCAGUCGAAGAGGUGGAAGAAAUUUGGCAUUCUCUUCAAGACACGGCAAGCACUUGUCCGACGUGAUGACAUUUCUCCCGGGCCAACCAUAGGACUUCCAACUGGAUUUGUGGUCCUGGACAAAAGCCCAACCGGUCAAGCGAGCACCUUUGAAUCUCUCAACAAAAGAACGGUACCGGUUUAUCAUGUGGACGAUGAUGCUAUUCCUCCGCCACCUAUCGAGAAAAGCCCAAGGUUCAUGGUCCCUCCAUCAGACAAGACAACUGAGAAGCACGAAGAGGAUAUGCGCUCACGGCCUUCGACUGCUACCGAUGCUGAUUCCCUGAUUGAUACAUAUAUUCGGCCUCCUCUCCCCAAGCUCGAACUCGACAUACCGAUACCCACACCACCUUUUGAUCGAUACAGUGUUAUGUUCAAAAAUGUACCUGCCAAUCGAUCCUCUUCACUAUUAGCCCGCCGAAGCAAGACAUUGGAUAGUCUCAAGUCGUUCGAAGACAGCCGACCGACAACAAAGGGAGGGGAGCAAGACCGAGUUGCCACAAUUGAUUCCAAUGCUGCGGAAAACCUUACACCACUAAUGCCACCGAGAAGGCUGACUACUCCCACGACAAAAUCCCCUGCAGUCAGCAAAUACUCACUAUUCCCAGCUCCAUCACCGGCACCAGUCAAGGUCACUGGGCGAAUACCAUUUUUUGAGUCCAGCAAUAGCAGCAAUUUAGGCCAGUUGAGAAGAUCAGCUACCUCUCCUGCUCGUCUAUCACCAAUGCACGAUCGUUUUUCUAUCAACAGGCCUGAGCCCCUUCAACCGAAGAGAUUCAUCCCUGGAGAAUCAAUAGUGCAGAGCCCUGAGGACAAUACUGCUUCUACGAGCCGUUCAAACCCCUGGAGUACGGACCACUCUGUUCAAUCCUCAAUGUCGUCUAAUACCACUGUAGACGACAUCUUCUUUGAUAUUCGAGCUUUCAGGGACUCAAAAGGGGUUGAAGACGGACAAUUUGUCAUGACGAGGCCGGAUUCGGUGGCUGUAGAAUUGGCUCGCACAAAGUCAAAAUCAAAAAGAUCUGCUCCUGCAAGUCAUCUGCGGCAGGUGGAAGCAUCUUCCCCCGAAACAACCACCGAGCCACCCGUCCAGAUGGCUCCACCACCACCUCCUCCUCCGAAAUCAACCACGACGACUGCACAGACCUCGGCCGUUACAACAAAACAUACAUCUGUGAACACAGCAUACUUUGAUGAAGCAAUUGCUGCUGUUGAGAGAUUAACAUCACCGAGAGUGGUAACACAAGCUGAAACUGAAAAAAUACCUCCAAUAACUUUAUCCGUACCAGUUCCAGCUCUCCCUCAACAAUCCGAGGACAAGACUCAUGCUUGGGUUCAUAACGGGUCGAAUCAUCAUAAAAUGGGAGACCAUCCAUAUUCAAGGCUGGGAAACAAGUCGAGGGAGGAGAUUAGCAGGUUAAUUCCAUCCCCUGUUGCCGAGCUCAAAGAAGAUCUCUCGCCAAAAGCGAUCUCCAAGGCAGCAUCUCCGGUUCCAUCAAGCCGAUCGCAGCUUUCAGAGUCUCAAACCGUACGACAAUUCGCAAAAGUUAUCUCUCCUCGGAUUACACUGGUCAAGCGUGCUGACCGCCCUUACGAUGACUCUCCUACUCUGCCGCAAGGUGGGCCGAUCAUACGUCCAACUCACUACCUUGCAUCUCCUUUAUCACCUGACGAUGACAAACCUCCUCCGGUUCCCGAAAAAGAUGCCAAAUUCAUCCCACUAUCCAAAUUCGCGGCGAAGGGAACAGUUAACGCUAUUGAGAGGACAGGUAUCACUCCACAGACAAGACACCUUCGAUCAAACACAGAUUCGCCUAGUUCGACACCGACCAGUGCCACGGGCAGAAAUAAAGAGCGAUCUGCGACGCUACCAUCUUCAAUCACAAACUCGCCAGCCACAAUGUACCCGCCGAAAUCCUCCCUGCAAGGUCUUGAGAGAACGAUUCCUCCACGACCGAACCCUGUCGCUUUGAACCCGGUUCAGUCGAGCGACGUCGUGGCAGUUGCAGUCGCACGAACGGUAUCCUUGUCACGGAAGCAGAGUGCGCGAGUCAACGUGCCAGGCCCUCGUCUCGCAGCCCGCCGUGCAGGCACACACCCUCAACCAGCACCCACCUCCACCUCAACUCCAGGCAAACAGCCAAAUCCAUCACAGAGCACGUCUCACGGCCGUUCGAAUUCAAAGUCCGGAAUCUUGGGCCACCGACACCGACGGUCAACUUCGCAGUCGCGCUCGCGAGACAAGAUCAAAAUCACGAAACGCGAGGUUCCGCUCGCCGAGUCCAGGGAGAGAGAGAAGGCAAUGAUCAAGGAGGCCAAGAAGUGGGAGAUCCUCGAGAAAAAGAGCUACUCCCCGGUCGUGGUGCAGGCUUCGCGGGGUCACAAACCCGGCGUGAGUGUCGGGAUCGUUGUUGAGACCGCGUGA